AUGGCUCGCUCCGCCAUUGUCCAGGAGUAUGCCGCGCCCUCGACAACCUUAAGUAUCGACCAAAAGGUCUCCCAAGAACGACAACUCUAUCGCGUCACUCGACCUCAAGGUUACCGUGUCUCAUGGCACGCCAACCCAGCCGUGGAGCCGCACCAUUUCGGCCAGUCACAUCCCAUGAAACCAUGGCGCCUCACAUUGACCAAGCAGCUGGUCCUAGCGUACGGCAUGCAUCAUGCAAUGGACCUGUACCUGGCUCGAGCCGCGACCUACGAAGAGAUGGCAGAGUUUCACGAGUCGGAUUACCUCGAAUUCCUCAGUCAAGUUAUGCCCGCCGACAUGGACCGCCCAGAACAAUCAGAAAACGUCGCGCGAUUCAACUUCGGUGACGACUGUCCCAUCUUCGACGGGCUCUACAACUACUGCGCCCUGUACGCCGGAGGUACCGUCGACGCCGCCCGCAAGCUCUGUAACGACCAAUCUGAAAUCGCCAUCAAUUGGUCCGGUGGUUUGCAUCACGCGAAAAAGGCUGAGGCUAGCGGCUUCUGCUACAUCAAUGAUAUCGUCCUCGGUAUCCUACAGCUACUCCGCCACCACCCGCGCGUCAUGUACAUCGACAUCGACGUUCACCACGGCGACGGCGUCGAACAAGCUUUCUGGUCUACCGAUCGCGUCCUUACAGUCUCUUUUCACAAAUACGAUAAAGAUAAUUUCUUUCCUGGAACCGGCGCCCUCGAUGAUACAGGUCCAACCCACCCUUUAAACCCAGGCGCUCACCACUCCAUUAACGUCCCAUUGAAUGACGGCAUCGACGACGAAUCAUACAUCCAGCUCUACCAUGAAGUCAUCGGCGCCUGCGUGCAGACUUACCGUCCAGGUGCUAUUGUUCUACAAUGCGGCGCAGAUAGUCUAGGCUGUGACCGACUCGGCUGCUUUAACCUAAACGUCCGCGCCCACGGUGCCUGCGUCGCUUUUACAAAAACUUUCGGUUUACCUCUUCUCGUUGUCGGUGGUGGAGGAUACACACCGCGAAAUGUUUCUCGCGCCUGGGCACACGAAACAUCCAUCCUGCUAGACGCAGAUCAAAUCAUCGAUCCUGUUAUCCCGGAAUCUGUCGCUUUCCGUAAUCAUUUCGGUCCUGAUUACUCGCUUUUCCCGGCUUUGUCCCAGAUACGUACGAUUGAGAAUAAGAAUACUCGUCAAUACCUUGAAGGUCUUGUUGAAGCUGUGCAUGAACAGUUGAGAUAUCUCAAGGGUGCACCUUCUGUUCAAAUGAGCUUUAUUCCUCCAGAUAUUCUGGGUUUACGUGAGGAUACGGAGAAGGAAAUUGAAGAACAGACAGCUAUGAUGGAGGAGGAGUUUGAGGAGAGGGAAGGAAAUGGUUCAGCUGUUGCUGCUUCUAUGAUGGCCAAUGCUGGUUCUAUUCCUGGUUCCGCUGGUGGUAUCCCUCGUGGGGUUCGUCGACGCGAGUUAGAACGGGGUGCUGGGUAUAAGGGGGAACUGUAUUCAUAA